AUGACCCUACUGUCAGAGUUUAGCACGGUCACGUGGCAAGAUGGAGCCACGUGGCUGCACCCAGUUCCGUGGUGGUUAGCUUUCGUCCCGUGGGCUGGAAUAGCAGCCGGAACGCUGUUCCUCGCGUACCGCCUUGUGUAUGUGCCGUACCGGAUAGUGCGGCUCUGCAAGAAGCAAGGCAUUCCAUUCCUGCCGUUUAAGCCUUUCAUUGGUCAAGCGCUCGACCUCUACCGCCUCACCCCUCCUCCCGCCCCACCUUCCGCCUCCGCCUCCUCCUCCUGCGCGUCCCCUUCCCCCGACUCCCCCUCUUCCACACAUGGCCCGGCUGUGUUCCUACCGCGCCUGCACGAGUGGCGCCAGCAGUAUGGGGACGUGUUUGGAUUCACUGUAGGGGGGACGGCGCAGCUGGUUGUAACGGAUCCUGCACUAGUGAGACAGGUCCUCCUGUCCAGCAGCGGGCGCUUCACCAAGACAGCAGGGGCACGCAAGGCGCUGAGGCUGCUGGGCAACGGUCUGCCUCUCUCAGAGGGGUCUCUGUGGGCCCGCCAGCGCCGCAUUGUCAACCCCGCCUUCCGCCCCGCAGCUAUCAAGGAGAUGGUGGGUAUCAUGGAUGGCCAGGGCCAGUCCCUGGCGAACUCGUGGUCGCAUCAACUGCAGCAGCAGAGGGAGGGGAAUGAAGAGGGAGUGCAGGAGGGUGCUCAUAGCGAGCGUGCUAAUAAGGAGCGUGCGUGCAUGGAGGUGGACGUGCAGGAGAGCAUGUCUCUCGUGGCCCUGGAUGUCAUCGGGCUCGCUGCCUUUGGCUCUGCUGUCAUGCACGAGGGGGGCGACGAGGGUGAUAGGCUCAUGCCUGGAGACGUGGGACGGGAACGAGCAGCAAAGGCAGAUAAAGCAUCGGCAGUACCAACAGCAGCAGCAGCAGCAGCAGCGCCAGGGGCAGGGGAUCCAGUGCAGCUGUACAACGCACUGUCCAAGCUGGCAGAGCUGGGCGCCAAGAGGGUCUUCUCCUGGCGCUCCCUCGUGCCCUUCUACGACAUCUUGCCGCUUCCAGAAAACUUUGCCCUCUGGGCAGCAGAGAAGAAGAUCCGCAACCUGACCCUGCACCUGAUUGGCAAGAGGCGGGCAGCAGCAGCAGUGCAUGCGGAGGAGGCACAUGGCGGAGAGCAAGGGGGGGCACAUGGACAGCAACAGGGGGGGGCAACAGGGCGGGCUGCUCGGGACCUGCUGGCGUUGAUGCUGGCAGCACAUGACGAGGCAGGCAACGAGCAGAUGACGGAUCAACAGCUCAUGGACGAAUGCAUCACGUUCCUCCUCGCUGGCCACGGCACCACAGCUCGCCUGCUGACGUGGACGUUCUAUCUGCUGGCGAAGCAUCCUGACUGGCAGGAGCGGCUGAGAGCAGAGCUCAAGCAGGCGCUGACUCAGCAGGGGGCACGAGACAAGUCAGCAGGCGCCACAGCCACCACAGCAGCCGGAGCAGCAGACAAGGCGGGGUCAGGGGCAGCAGCUGCGGAAAAACCAGGAGAGACAAACCAAGGGGCGUCUGGAAGGGAGGGAGAGGAAGGGGGACAGGAGGGAGGAAAGCGAGAGGGAGGAGAGCGAGGGGAAAGCGAGAGAGGAGGAGGGGGGCGGGUGACAUGGGAGGUGGUAGCAGCGCUGAGAGACAUGGGAAUGGUGCUGCAGGAGAGCCUGCGCAUGUUCCCCCCCGUCUCCUUCAUGGGCCGCACGUGCCAGCAGGCUGCCACUCCUCCCCACUUUCUCAUCCUCACCUGCUCUCCGUCUCGCUGCACCUGCCCUCUACAGACAUGCAGGUUGGGACCGUACGACCUACCCCGGGGCACGGACGUGCUGAUACCAGUCGCCAUGCUGCACUACGACCCGCGCUUCUGGGGACCCCAUGCGCUCGACUUCAACCCCAACCGCUUCGCCAGUCAGUUCCCUUCGUUGCCUUCGCCCUUGCCCCUCCUCGAUGUCUUCUUCUUUUCCUACUUCUUUGCCAUCGUUUUUGGAAGUUCUCAAAUAUCGCGCACAAUUACUUCUGGGGGCGCCACGCCCUCGACUUCAACCCCGACCGCUUCGCCAGUCAGUCCCCUUCGUUGCCUUCGCCUUUUCCAUUCCCGCGUUCCCUUUUAG